AUGGCUCUUUCCCUACGAAAGAGCCAAUGGCUGGAUUACAAGGCAGUGCCUGAAGAAAGGUUUAUGAGUGGUGUAUGUAUAUGGUUACGAGUGCCCGAUUCAACCCAGCUAAAACUGAGAUCAGAUAUGGACCCCUGCAGUGAGGAAAUCACCCCUUCAGUGUCGUCCAAGGUGUUCAUGGUCAAUGAAGUGGACCAUCUGGGCAAUCAGUUCGGUGAAGUCAGUAGUUUGCUGGAACACAGUGUGAAUUGGGCCAAAUGUAAAGAUGGCGAUACUGUUGGUGAAGGCGAUCCAAAGAAAAAGAAAGAUAAUAUUGAUACGUCUAAUGGUGUAAGUAUCCUUCUGGACCGCAGUGACAUGGAGAUUUCAUGUUGCGGAUUUGUAAAAGGCUGGGAAUUCUAUGCUAAAACAAAUACGGGAACAGUUUAUCUGCAAGUGUGGCGACCAGCGGGUGCAACAUGGACACUAGUGGGAGAAAACCAAUACACUGUUACAUCUACAGACAAUGAAAUUUACGUUUCACUUGCAACAACUGAUAGAAUACAGGUUCAGAGUGGCGACUAUGUUGGCGUAUAUCAUCCAGCCUCACCAAUAGUGUCAUAUAAACAAGAGGGUAGUUCAAAUGAAUAUCGCAUAACAACAUCUGUAGGCGCACUGCCGGUAGGAGGAUCAUUUUCCUGGAAUUCUGUAUCGCAGGGCACGAAAAGAAAGUAUGGCUUAAGGGCUGAUCUUACAAAUGGUAAUAACCCAUCAAUUACAAACCUCGAUACAACCGUAUCCUUUACCGAUGACACACCAGUAGGGACUUUAUUUACUUUGGUAGUAUCUGAUGCUGAUUCACUAGAUCCUCUUUCUACAACGAUGACAACUAUCAACUCGAACUUUGCGUUCAAUGCAAAUACUCUACAAGUCUCGAGUACCACCCAGCUUCCAGUAGGAACUACAAAUCUUAACUUCCAAGUGACUGACGGCUGUGGAAACUCCGACACAGGAACGUUGACAAUCGUUGUUACUAACAAGCCUCCAGAAAUACAUAAUCUACCUUUCAAUGUUGAUGUCAGUGAGAGUCAGACAGCAGAGAAGGAGUUGUGUGUCGUAAACGCCACAGACCCAUCACAGUACGAUACAGUCACAUGCAACAUUCAAUCUGUCAGUCCAGCAACUACCAUCUUUUCCGCAAGGAUUUCCAGUGGCUCUUUGUAUAGUGUGUACUUACAAGCUAAUCCUUCCUUGUCUUACGACUCUGUGAAUGCAUACGACAUAACCAUUGCUUGCACGGACACCAAAGACACAGUGACGGGAACCUUAAAUGUUUACAUCACGCAAAAUAAUCCACCAGUGUUCACUAACUUACAAGCCUCUGUUAAUGUAACAGCAACAACCACAACAGGCACCAGUGUUUACACAGUAACCUCAUCAGAUAUUGAAGGGGAUCAACUUUAUUACAAUAUGACAUGCUCUUUGCCUACUUGUCCAUUUGCGAUUUAUCACUCUGGAGAUGUGAGAUCAACAAAUAAUCUCAUAGGAUAUACGCAGGCGGGAUACGAUCUGUAUAUUUAUGUCUAUGACGGAAGAUCACUGGUUGGUCCGAAAACUUUGACAAUUGUUGUGACAGGGAUUAACACUGCGCCUAGUAUAACAAAUCUACCAUUGGCAUCUGCUAUAACCGUGUCUGAAAACUCUGCACUAGGAGCCUCAGUAUUCCAGGUGUCGUACAGUGAUAUAGAUGCGACAGACACACAUGUAUUUACAACUACCUACUCCCCGGCUGCCGGCGGAAACAUCUUUACUACUAACGCUGCAACGGGUUUAAUUUCAACAUCCUUUACAACAAACAUCAACUACGAGAGUCUCGCAGCAGCGUCCAUUGACGUUAAUAUUCAAAUUUCUGAUGGUACGGACUCGGCAACGUCCAAUCUUACUAUUACCAUUUUGGACUUAAACGAGGCUCCGAUUUUUGGGAAAAAUCUAUAUUACCUUACCGGGCCAGAAGGAUCUGCCGGAAGUAGUGUAGGAACACCUGUUUUUGACGUCACAGAUCCAGAUACAGGAGCUACUCAAAAGUACAGCAUUAACUGUCCAGAGUUUAACAUGAACACAAAUACAGCUGCUGUCACAUUAGCAACAGAAUAUGAUCUUGAUAUCAGCGGAACCGCUUCAGUGGUCACAUGUAAUGUCACUGUGACAGACGGUCAACUAACAGCAACGUCAGUGUUACAAGUUACACUGAACAAUAUCAAUGACAACACACCAACUUUCAGCCAAUCAUCCUACACAUUCUUUGCCCAACCAAACGUGGGUGUAGGAACCGUCCUUGGUUCCAUACUUGCCACAGAUGCAGACAUAGGAGCUUUCGGAACAUUAUCAUACACCCUGGAUCAAAUAUCUCUUGGGAACCAAUAUUUUGGUGUACAGUCAAAUGGAGACUUCUACGUUAAUGCUCAACUGACAACCUUUUCAAAUGGACAGACAUUGAGUGUAACAGCUAUUGUCACAGACUCGGGGGGAUUAAAUGACACAGCCACAAUAACUAUUGUGAUACCCCAGUCGACUACUGCAGCCCCCACUACAACUACUGAUCGACGUGUGACCUUUGCCGAAGACCCCCGAAAUGUCGCGUGGAUGUCUGCAGCUGUGGUCAUCUUUAUAGGAAUUGUUGGUCUAAUGGUGUACCAAUCUUUUCGCUUUGGUGAUUACGCCAGGAUAGGGAAAUGGUGCCAAAAGUCAAGUAGAAGACCUUCAUUUCGACCAAGACAGAGUUACAGGUUAUCCCAUUAUAAUACUAGAAGGAUUCAACAGAUACCUGAGAUUCGGUACAACUCUCAUAUCCCAGAAAGCGAUUGGAAACCAUGGCAAACCGGAACGCAAGAUUUAUGA